AUGGAAGACUCAAACCCAGCCGCGCCACCAAUUUGGCCCACGCAAAUACCACCCCCCCCAAAAGGGAAGAAUAAACGCCAAGCUCCGAAGUCCCGCACGGGAUGUGAAAGCUGUAAGAAGCGACGGCGACGAUGCGAUGAGCGCAAGCCUGGGUGUUAUGAGUGUCAGCGACGGAAGCAGACGUGUCCGGGGUAUACUCGGCCGUUUAUUCGGUGGGGGGUGGAGGGGAGAAAGAGGAGGAAGGGGGGAGCGGUGGAGGUGCCCGUCUCUGGGGUGCAGGGCGAGAGACUUUCGUUGACUAGAGAGUUGGAGAGAGAUGAAAGAGGUGAUGCUCAGGAGGAUCCCAUUGAUUUGGAUAUUGGGCUUCUGGCGGGAUUGGAAGAUGUGGAUGGUGGUGGUCUGGCUGACCCCCUCCCAGCACCAACUCCUCUGGCGCUGCACGAGGCACUCGCUAUACCGGGGCUGCCGUCUGCCCGCAUUCAACCCCAGAUAGACAACCUGGAGAGUCUCCGGCGACGACUCACAGAGACUUCAGUACCCUCAUUCCUGGUGCAUCUCCCCGCCCUGCUGGUGGAAUACUACUUCGACUACGUCUGCGCCAUGUGGUCGUCGUUCGACUCGGACCUCAACCCCUUCCGCACUAACAUCGCGCGCCUCUGGAGCCAGAACGCCCCCAUCUACUACGCCAUCCAGAGCAUGGCCGCCGCCUCGCUGGCCGGCGACUUCCCCGGAAUGCGCGCCGUGGGCGCCCAGAUGCAGCGGCGGGCCAUCCACGCCCUGCAGGAGGCGAUGGCGCUGUCACCGACGCUGAACGACGAGAGUCUGUUCUAUGGGUUGUUGAUGGUCGGGUCGACUACCGCGUGGCACAACGGGGCGGACCUGGGGUUGCCCUAUCUCCAGGCCGCGCGGCGGUUCCUCGUGCGGCAGAGUCGCCGCGAGAGAAACACAUCUCCAACCCCGAGCUCGGAUCCGGAGGCCCUCGCCCAGCAGUACCCAUUCUUCAAGCAGUGUCUCCUCUACUGGAACAUGCUAGCCGCGUUCGUCGCGCAGGAUAUCUCGGAUGUCGGAGUUACCGACAGCGACAGCGACAGCGACCACCAUCUACCGAUCUACGUGGUCAACGGCCAAACCCUCCUGCACCCAUGGACAGGACCACUGCCCACUGCCCUGCAGUAUUUCUAUCAGAUCGCGCGCCUCAUCCGCUCUGCACGCCACGCGACACUCCUCACCAUGACCACAUCCCCCAUCCCCCAGCAACCAAGCCCCCAUCUCCCCUACGCCACCACUACCCACCCAAAUUCUCCCCACGAGAAAGCUCAAACCCUCGAAACCGAGCUCCUCACCUUCGACGUCGACGGCAUAGGCCACCACCUCCCGACAGGCGACACCAACACUCCAGCAAACCACUUCACCAUCCUCGCCGACGCCUACCGCUGCGUUGCCCUGCUGCAGAUCUACCACGCCUUUCCCGCCAUCCUAGUCUCGAGGCUUCAAACCCAGCAACAUCACAACCACGACCACCCAGAAACAAACACAAAUGCACCCCCCCUCCCCUUCCCAACAGCCCCCACCCUACCCCCCCGACAAUUCCGACGCCACCUCGCCCUCCACAUCAUCGCCUUACUAGAAUCCCUCCCCGUCACCUCCGGGACGAGGGUCAUGCAACCCGUCCUCCUGGCCGCGACGGCGGGCAGUCUGGUGUUUUCGAGAGGAACGCCGCUGGGGGUGGCGGCGGACGCGUGGGCGCCGUUCGACGCCGUGGACGUGGAGGUCGCGCAGGCGCGGCGGCACGUGAGCGCGCGGCUAGCGGAUCUCACCAGGAUUCUACCGCGGCCGCCGCUGGAGCGGGUGGGGGAUUUGGUGCGGGAGGUGUGGAGGCGGGCGGAUGGCGGGGGGGAGCAGGAGGCGUUUUGGUUGGAUGUUAUGAUGGAGAGGCGGUUGGAGACUAUUAUGGGAUAG